AUGGUCCGCUCUUCGAAGAACUCCACCACAACCGGGCGCCCAUCUCUAGAGAAGGACCCUGAUGGGUGGGAACGCUCGUGGCAGACAGAAUUGGAUCAGAUAUACGCGUCUCAUUUGACGAGACUCCCGUCCGCACUCCCAAACCUCAGGAACCUACCUAGAAGCUCUAUCGAGAGUUUUGUCGACGAGAAUGCACAACAGGCGCAUGCUCUCGAACAUAAGAGACUGGUGGAGUUGCAAGACGACAUACGCACUAUGUGCUCGCAGAAGUCAGCAGAAGAUGAUAUCCCCGCCUUAUGGAAGGCGGCGGGCGAGGAUAUCCGCCGAAAGCACUACUUCACUGCUAUGGAGCGCGUUUGUGAGAUACCGGACAUGGAGACUCAGAGGAGGACUGCGCCCGAGGUCUCAUGGAAAGCCUUCAAUGCCAACGAUGGCCAAGGCUAUCUUGACGUACUGCUCCGAAUCUCUCGUGAACACCCACCCAGGCAGUACAUCUACUUCCACCACCGCCUGGUGGACUCUACAAUGGGGAUCCGCGAGCCGUGGGAUACAAAACACUCUUAUGACGUUCAAGACGUGACAAAGUUCUACCAACGCACUCUCGCCAUGCGGCGUAUGCUCUUCAUAUCGUUGGUCGUCUGGAAUGUCAUGCUGUCCUACUAUGGGCGUGCGGAAACAUACGUCUCACAUGCCGUUCACCGCGAGUCUCGUGGAGUGGUGCCGGGCGUGCGCGCUGCAGGGAAAGCAUUCGGGCUAUCUGAUGCAAAGAUAGAUGCGACGCAGAAGGAAAGCCGGAAGACGUACACGGAGCGCGGCCACAGCUUGUGCACGCGUUGUGGCAAGUACGACUUCCAGUUACCCGAGGGCGUCAAGUUUAAGUCCUGCGGACAAUGCAAGACCAUCGGCCGCAAUAUACUGUACUGUAGCAAGGAAUGCCAGGUGGACGAUUGGAAGCGCGGCGAUCCUCCUCAUAAGACCAUCUGCGGCAAACCCCUCGCAGAAGCCGCACAACAAGUUUCGCGAGCUUCGCGAGACUCCGCACCGGAAUCGCGUUUUCCACCAGCAGAAGACGGUUUCGUGCGUUCGCCCGCGUUGCUCUACACUCUAGAGGCACUUGAAGAACACCCCGAGGCCGAAUACGUACUCGUGCGACCGUCGCAUGAAGUUGGAGAUGACGGUGUGAUAAUACCUGAUCCAAUGGGUAAGAUGUUCUUUAGGCUCUGCCUCAAUCGUGCAGUCACUACUGGGGAUCCUGCCUCGGUCAACAUGAUGUACAAGGCGUUGAAGGGUAGGGCGGAGACUCCGGGGGGGAUAGGGGUUGCUGCUCUCAAGCGGCAACUCAAGAACGAGUACGGGGUUGACGUUGAGGAUUCGCAGUGA